CAUAGAAAUACAAGGAUCCCAAAAAACACAAAAAGGAAAGAAAACAAAAGAAAAGAAAAGAAAAGAAAAGAAAAGAAAAUCCUUCCAAAUUCCAAAACUUUCUCUCUCUGUCCCUCAUACCUCAUUUAUCCCAACAGAGCCAUCGUUCCUUUCUCAUUCAUCCUCUUCCCAGAGAGAGAGAGAGAGAGAGAGAUCAACACAACACGAACUCUCUUUUUCUCUUUAUUCCCUUUUCUUUUCCAUUUCUCUUCGAGCAAGCAAUGGGUUUCAGGUCGGGGCUGAUCAUCUUUCUCUUGAUCGUGGCCAUGGUGGCGGAGUCGUCAUCAUCUUUCUCCGGCGACGCUUCGUGGGAUCUUGCCCGUUUCGGGGACGGCGGCGGCGGGUCCUCGGCCACCUGCAGCGGUCUGGUGGGCGACUGCGUGGACGCGGACGAGGAGAUGAUGAUGGAGUCGGAAGCUGCGCGGCGGAUACUGGGGAGUGCGAGGAGGAGAAUAAGCUACGAUGCCCUUCAGAGGGACAGGGUGCCCUGCAGCCGCCGUGGCCGCUCCUACUACAACUGCAGAUCCAUGGGUAGGGCCAACCCUUACAGACGUGGGUGCAGUUACAUUACCAGGUGCUCCAGGUACAACAACUGAUCCAACUAUCCAAGAGAGUACAGAUCAGAGAGAGAGAGAGAGAAAGAUUCACGUUUCCCUUGAAUCUCGUGUGAUGAAAUGGGAAUUUGAAUCUUUGGUCUUUAAUUUUAUAUGUUUGCUAUUCUUUUUGUUUUAAGACUAUUCUUUGGAUGGUAAUCUCUUCCCGAUUAGCCUGGUUGUUUAUGAUUAUAUUAUAUUUUUAUGAGAUCAGAAAGAGUAUGAAUAAAGAUUUUUAUAUACAUAUAUAUAUGUACUUGCUAGGGUUAGAUGGUGGGGAAGAGGUUGCCUACUGCCUAGAGAACUGCAUUUUUUUUCAUCUAAUGUUUUCUUCUUAUUUGUAACUGUUUGUGGAGAAAAUAAAGGUUCAUGUGAAUUGAAGUGGGUA